UCUUCCGGUUAUAAUAUGCGAAUGAAUAGCAAUGUACGCAUGAUACGCAUAGUGGGUAUGAAACGUUUCGAGUACUUUUCCCGUUUUUUCUGUUUUUAUGUUAAAUCAUACGCUUUAAAUGCAUUUACCAAUGCAUUAUUUGUAGUGGUGGACAUAAACGACAGAUACCUGCGCAAAAUUACCAUCGGGCAGUCUCCAACCGAGAAAGGCUUAACUCGCGAAUCCAGUUUUGCGAUAACCGUUUCGAGCGAGAUUAUGGCCAUCUUAGCUCUCGCUAAAGAUUUGGGCGAUUUUAAAGAGCGACUUAGCAAAAUGGUGGUUGCGUUCGAUAAAUUUGGGAAGCCAGUGACCGCAGACGAUUUGGGUGUAACGGGCGCCCUUAUGGUUUUAUUAAAAGAUGCCGUUGAGCCGACGUUAAUGCAGUCGCUCGAAGGAAGCCCCGUUUUAGUACACGCCGGACCUUUCGCAAAUAUUGCCCAUGGAUGUUCAUCCAUUUUGGCAGACAAGGUUGCUCUAAAGUUGGUGGGAGAAAAAGGUUUCGUAGUAACAGAGGCCGGUUUCGGAUCUGACAUUGGUAUGGAAAAGUUCUUCAACAUUAAAUGUAGAGCUUCUGGAGACAUUCCUAGCGCUGUGGUGCUAGUCGCUACAAUUCGAGCAUUGAAAAUGCACGGAGGUGGCCCCUUGGUAACUCCUGGAACUCCGCUUAAAGAUGAGUACCUCAACGAAAAUCUGGAUCUCCUCCAAAAAGGUUUACCCAACCUCAUAAAGCACAUAAAUAAUGGGCGGCAGUUUGGGGUCCCAGUGGUCGUUGCUAUUAAUAAGCACAUGGCCGACACUGAUGCAGAAAUUGCUUUGGUUAAAAGAGUGGCUGUAGAAAAUGGCGCUUUUGAUGCAGUUCUCUGUACACAUUGGGCAGAAGGUGGUGCUGGCGCUGUAAAACUUGCAGAAGCUGUUAUUCGCGCCAGUGAGGAACAACCAAACUUCCACUACUUAUACGAUCUGAAUCUGUCCCUGGAAGAAAAAAUGAGCAAAAUAGCGAGAGAUAUGUAUGGUGCAGAAGCAGUUGAACUUGCUCCAAAUGUUAGGGGAAGGGUUGAACAAUACCAAGCACAGGGCUACGGAAAUUUACCCAUAUGUAUGGCCAAAACGCCUUUAUCUUUAACAGGCGAUCCUACAAUUAAGGGUGCUCCAAAAGGGUUUACCCUGAAAAUCAACGAUGUGACGUUAUCUGCUGGAGCCGGAUUUAUAGUUCCGAUUUGUGGAGAGAUUACCAAAAUGCCAGGACUACCCACACGACCAUCGAUAUACGACAUUGACUUAAAUACGGAAACGGGAGAAAUUGAAGGACUAUUUUAAAUUGUAUAAAGUGUAUAAAUUUUACAACCAAC